GACCCUGUCUGGCUGUUUCUGGAUCGAUGUCGAAAGGUCGGCGCUGAGCUGGGGGUCAGUGGCACUCAAAACGGCGGCCGGGUGAAGAAAGACAGCCGCCGGGAAUGGGCCCGAGUCGGGGUGGAUGACCUGAUGCUGGUUCGAGGGGAGAUCAUUAUUCCACAUCACUAUGAGUUCUAUUACUUCAUUGCCAACAAGGUGCCCAGCUUCUCCAAAUCCGGCGGCCUGCUGUUCGACUAUUCCAACAAACCGCCUCCGCCGAAAGACAACAAUGAUCCUCUCUCUCGACCAAGCGACAAGGAUCUCGAAGGCGCCGAUGCGGAUCCCACCCUGACAAAAGUCGUGGAUCGGCGGUGGUACGAGCGCAACAAGCACAUCUUCCCGGCCAGCCUGUGGCGCGAAUACGAGCCGGCUAGAAAGAUAGGUACUGUGAACCCUGCCUAUAACGAACCCGGCUCUAACGAAUAUCUCACUAUAACGAAAUCAACACCGUGUUCAUUUUCAAUUCCCAUACAAAAUUCGUUAAUCCUGCAUUAUAACGGAAUUCGUUAUUUGACCUCUUCCCUCCAUACAAAAUUCGUUAUAAUUAGAGGCACCUAUCUCAAAUUCUCAAAAAGCAGCCCUUCGAGCCUACCGUCGCCUACAUCCAAAAGCAUCAAUCAAAGACCUCCAGGCUUGGUUUUUCGAUGA